AUGCCAACCACUUCGACAUCAGUGGCCAAGUCACCUAAGAGACCUUUGGCAGCUAUCGGUACCAACUCUCGUCGUUCUCAUCCCACCUCAUCCAAACCGAUCCCGAGACACAAACGAGUCAAAAUCAACCAUAACUCUGACGGCUCCUCUGAAGCACCACGCCACGCCGAUGGAUUGGACUCGACCCAUCCCCCGGUCGGCGAGAGCCGUGAGUCGAGUAGCGACCAGAGCGCCGCUAAAUGGUUCAGGAACGUCAAUGAAAAUGUAGGGACUUCGGGCAACAAGGAAGAAAAACACGGAGAUGAAUCCCCAUUUUACAUGGCUCAUCAGAGUAGCUAUCACCCAUCUGCAAAUCUCCAUUCGCCUAACGGCGAGAGUUUUGGAUUCCGACCUCGAGACGAGACCGAAAACAGCGAAUUGCGCGGCGUCAUCGACGAUCUGACCGUUGAAAAUAAAAAACUAAAGAAUCUCCUUCGGAAUUGGCAGACUCGGUCGAGUCCUCCUAGCGCCGGUCCCGAUAGGGUAAUCGAAAUUCGGAUGCAUGGCUUGCCCACGGAGAAGAAGAGAGAACUGGAACAGCUCCUGAAGACUUUUGCAACCAACCUCAACGGGGACACACCUUCCCAGCCUAGUUCUUCGACGCCUUGGGAAAAGUCAGUUCCGAGCACCGAGCAUGGCACUUCUCUGGGACCGAAGGUGGUCCAGGAUCCGACCACGACCGAUUCAGGUUAUGCUUCCAUCUCCAAUCGGGGCUUGAACUCUCAAUACGGCGGGACGAAAUUACGCGAGCCCGUCUCCAAAAGUAAGAAGGUCAAGGAUAUCAAGAACUAUUUGCAUGCCAUUCCCGACUCGCUAUUUCCACAGGAGACCGUCUCCGUGAGCGAAAGCGCAAAGAUGGCACUGGUGGUCCAGCGACUGGAACAGUUGUUUACCGGCAAGAUGGCGGCGCCGGGAGAACACGGCUCACCUCUUCAGCAGCAGAAAAUCUCCCAGUCUGCGUCCCAGGCGGACCGACGUGAAAGCCAGAGGCUGAAUCGAGCUUCCAAACCCGAAGGGCCUCGUGAAGCCCAGAUCCUCCCUCACGACUCUAAAGUAAAUCUCGACGCCAUGGAUCAGGAGCGCCAACCGUUCUCGGAGACAACCACACAGCGACCUUCGAAUCAGUUGGGGUCUGACCUUUCCUCAACCGAAACUCUGGGGACGAAUGUCGAUCGCCCUGGUUCGCCGGACCAGCGACCCACCAGACCAUUGGACCUCGAUAUUCACCGAGCACAAAUCGCGGCAGACAAUGCUGAGUACAUUCGGCAUUUGGGCCUUUCUUCGCCUCAUCUUGAAGAGGACGUCGAGACCAAAGAUCAACCAUGGAUGUAUCUCAAUUUGCUUGUCAGUAUGGCUCAACUCCACACCCUCAACGUGACGCCAGCUUUCGUCCGCAAAGCCGUCAAACAAUUGAGUACCAAAUUUGAACUCUCGAAGGAUGGUCACAAAAUUCGCUGGAAAGGCGGUGCGGCAGAGACUACUCGCUCUAGCCAGCAGGUGAGUCCUGGAUUGGCGACGCAGCGCGCAUCUAAAGAUGCUGGCGACGAUGGUGGACGUCAGAGCGGGAGAAGCGCAAUAAGCACAUUCAAUGAUCGAGCUUCCACGUCACUGUCUGAUGACAAAGUGACCCGAAGAAUGGCCAGUAACACGUCCAGGAUGGUGAACUCCACCUCGACUUCGUCGCUUCCCUUCGCGCAUCCUUCCACGCGAUCUAAGUCCUCUGCUUUCGACUAUAAGCCCAUAGUCUACCAAAGAAAGAAGAACUUCCCCAAGGCGGAAAAUUCCUACCUAGAUUCUUCGAGUUCGUAUGAUGACCUCUCACCGGAUUCCAGUGGCCUUGCCCAUGCAUUGAGUCGGUCCAGCCUUAAAUCGAAAGACGAUCCUCGAGAAGGCUUCAUGACCUUCUUCAGCAACCCGUACUUCUGCACCGACUUGAGCGGGGACAAAGGGCCCCCCGGUUUCAAGUUUCAUACCUACCGACGUCCAGUGGAUGCUUUAGGAAUGAAAAAGCAGCGGCCGCAGCCUGAGGACGAAAAUCAACGAGACGCCGCUGCUUGCUACUUCACCUGUCUCGGGGAGGGAGAACAGAGUCAUGGGCCUGCCGAAUGUCCGGAUGUCAAUAUAUCAUUUUCUCCCAUGACCUCGGCCGGUGAAGACGAGACACCGCCGAUGGAAUUCCCCGUUUCUGGUCUAGCUGGUGUCCGGCCCGAAGAUAAUUUUGCCCUGGACGUCAAGGUUGCCAGAACGAAGCGACGUGAUAUCGACAACCGAGAUGGAGGUCACCGCGGCAAACGAAAGCGGUUGAAUUAUUCAUAUCAAACUGCAGAGUGUAGGAAAUUUGACCUCCAACCAUCCCGCCUACCACCCCCCAGCUAUGUCUUCUUCACCUCAAGCCCGUCAUCCAGUGCAGACAAAGGCUAUUUCUCUGAUGAAGAUGGCAGUGAGUCGUCGGAAGCGGAGGAAUCACCAGCUCCGGUUGGCUUUUGGUGGCAGUGGUCCUCUAGCUCUAAUGAACGACAAAUGGGCGACGACGAUUACUCAGAAGCGAGCUCAUCCCUGGGUGUGUUGGAAGCUGCACGAGCCAGACUUCCCAAUGCCGGAGCCGGUCCCGCACAAAACCCCGAUUUCAUCGUCGAUCCCAGUGGCAGACAGGUGAGCGGUAGCCUGGCGGUGUCGGUGGGCGCCAGUUGGAGUGCUGCAUCAGUGGUCGACCAGGAAUCAGGACGUGAGCCAGAAGGGUCGUUAAGUAGCAUGAGUGUCGCCCAGGGAAGCAACUGA